UUAAACUCAAUAUGAGUUAUGAUUGCAUAGUCAUUGGUGCUGGCUAUUCAGGGCUGGCAGCAGCCAAAGCCCUAAAAGAAGCAGGGAAAAACAUUCUCUUGCUAGAAGCACGAGACCGUGUCGGAGGUCGAGCUUACACAGUCCGCGAUGCUGACGAUGAUUAUUUCGACAACGGCGCCACUUACCUCGGCGUCCAGCAGGAGUCAAUGUUUGCCCUAUCCCGCGAAUUCAAAGUCGCGACAUUCCAUUCUCCCACAAAUGGCCGCAGCCUGUUCUAUUACCGCGGCAAAGCCUUGCCAUAUAAAGGCGUCAUCCCAGCAAUGCGGAUCUGGGAGCUUAUUGAUUUGGGUUUUGUAAUUCGACGGUUUGAGAAGCUGGCCGAGGAGAUGAACCUGGAAGAGCCGUGGAAGACGCGACGAGCAAAGGAAUUGGAUAAUAUGACGCUGAAGGAAUGGUUUGAUCGAAACUGCUGGACAAAGGCAGGCAAUGAUGUAAUGACCUCUGUGUCGGAGCUGAUCUGGGGCCAGCAUCCUUCUUGUAUUUCCCUACUGUACGGGUUGUGGUAUACUAAAGCAGGUGUCAGUCUGACGGUCCUCUCGACGACUGCCAAAGGGGCCCAGGAGCAACUCAUCCGAGGAGGUGGACAGAUUAUUGCAAACAAAAUCGCCGAUUUUCUGGGCCCUGAUAUCCUGCGCCUCCAGGAGCCUGUCAGCUUCGUUAGACAAGCUGAUGAUGAUACAAUCGAGAUUACAACCUCUCAAGCCAGCUACCAUGCCCACAGAAUAAUUUUUGCCAUCCCGCCUCCGUUGCUAUUGAAAGUGGGCUUUGAGCCUCCAUUACCGGUUGAGAAAACCCAAUUCUUGCAGCAUUGCCCACCGGGUGCAUAUGUAAAAGUGUUUGCACUCUUUUCAACCCCGUUCUGGCGUGAAGCAGGUUUUCUUGGCGAGGUUGUGAGCCCUGAUGGGUUCAUUGCACUAACCAACGAUGUAACUCCUGAAAAAGGGUCCCCGGGAAAGCUCAUGGGGUUUAUUGUUGGAGCAAAGGCAUAUCAGUUCUUGCGUCUCGGCGAGAAGGAGCGAAAAGAAUUGUGCUUAAAGGAGUGGACAGCGGUAUUCGGUGAGCGCGUGCGACAUGAAGUCCGAAAAUUUCAUAUCCAUUCGAUGAUGGAGGAAGAAUGGUCUCUUGGGUGCCCCUUGUCGACUCCUGCACCUGGAAUGUUCACUACACUGGGGGACUCGUGGAGAAAACCAACAGGACGCAUUCAUUGGGCGGGUACAGAGACAGCGACUAAGUACUGUGGUUAUAUGGAGGGCGCAGUUGUUGCUGGAAAAAGAGCAGCGGCUGAGGUUUUGGAGGCUCUGUAA